AGAGAGAAAGAAAGGACUUCUCUUCUUGGGAAUUGAGGUUCAUUUAGCUUCUACAUUUAUUUACAUGCACAAUCAAAGUCUGGCAGUUUCCUCUGCAACAUUAUAAGGUCAGGGGAUAAACAGUUUGCUCAUCAGUUUUUGGUUCACUCAUCUCAUCAGAAUUUCUGUCUGCCUGCACAUAUAAAGAGCUCAAGAACAUGAACCUAUUGCAGGGUGUAAACCAUUUACUUCUCCUGUCAACAACAUUCUUGGUAAUGCAAAAUACCUCUAACAUAUAUUUUAGUUGAUCUUCCCAGAUCACCCCUUACUUUGAAGCCCUGAUAUUCAUCAUUCAUCAUCCCAUCCUGAUGAGAUAUGUAUCAAGAAACAUACUUCAGGAUAAAAGGGAAUGGAAGUUACAAAUUAAGGCUUUUCAAAGCAGUUUGAAGGUUAGAAGGGAAGAAGAGAGAAAUGGGUUCAGAGAUUCCAACUUGUGUAAAAGAUAAGCAGAUGGGAUGCAUAAAUGGGAUAUUUCAAUUGUUUGACAGGCGCCAUUUCUUUACUGGCAAACGAGGUGGUUGCAAUAUCAGCAAAAGAACAGUUACAGGAAAGGAAGUGCAUGAAGAAAACAUACAAGAGGAUUUCGGAGGAAAACGGAAGGAUUUUGAUAUUCUAAGUUCUUCAACAUGUCCGUCCACUCCCUCAUCUCUUGACGAAAUCAAAAUCUCAAAACUAGGCUUAUCAAUCAAAACCGGGAUCAAGGAAGAGCGAAGAGUCAAUGUAAUGAAGCACAUAGAUUCUCCGAGGCCCCCUUUUCGGCAGCCACAUGAUCUCCUAGAUGUGGUGAAGGACUCAAUGUACAGAGAAGCAUGUUCUUUACCUUUACCUGUCAACGAUGGGGGAAAAGAAGAGGGAAGAAGAGUCAAUCUAAUGAAGCACAUAGAUUCUCCUAGGCCUUCUAUGCAACCCAACCUUGGGAAGUCAUUUUCAACGAGAAUCCAGUUGAAAUUCUUUGAAGGUCCAUUACAUUCAACAAAGGAAACGGAUAAGGAUCCUUGUCGUUUCUCUUACGACGAAAGAGAAACACGAGAAAACACAUUGAAGUCAAUGAUGAAGCAAGGUGAUCACCCAAGGCUAUCAUUAGACAGUAGGGUAAGGUCUAUAAGAUCUGAAACAAAAUCAAGUUUUCCCUUGCAGAAUCUCAAUGAAGGAGAAAAUGAUGAAUUAGGAAGUCAUAGACGACCAUCAAGUGUAGUGGCAAAGCUUAUGGGGUUGGAAAGUUUCCCUGAAGAAACAACCUCCCCUCUAGUUGACAAUUUUGUUCAACAAAGAAAGCAAAACCAGGAAACUUUCUCUUCACGGAAGGAUUCUUCCUUGUGUUCCAAACCUACAACACCAAACUCAAGUUCAAGGCUUCCACUAGAGUAUGCUCUAUGGAGUCAGUUAGACUCCACAAGGUCCUGCCAGAAAAUACCACCAAAAAGCAAGGAGGCCUCCAAAAAUCUGCAACAGGUAACCUCCUCUUCUAUAUACGGAGAAGUCGAGAAAAGAAUGAAUGCAAUUGAGCUCGAAAAAUCCAGUAAAGAUAUGAGAGCACUCAAACACAUACUUAAAGCAAUGCAGCAGACAAAAUCAAGGUUAGACAACAACACAAAAGACAUAUCAGUUCAGAAAUACGAUCACACAUCUCUUCGUGAAGAAAGAUCUCCUCCUCUCAAACAAUUCUUAUCUUCCAAUCCAAUCAAGCAAUCCAUCAUAGUGAAUGAUAAAGCACGAAAAAGAAUCAACACGAGGAAAAGUUACCCUAAUCACACUCUUCCUUCAAUACAGAAGAUGAAUAAAACUAGACCCCAAGCCGUUGCAGACUCUGUGGAACACAUGAGUGGAGGUCGAGAAUCUAUAAGCCCAAGAUUGCAAAAGAGAAAGAUUGACAUAGAGAAGCAAUAUGAUAUGAGCAGGGUUAGUAAAAUCCAAAACAAAAAACCCAAUGAAUCAGAAUACUUAAACAAGAAGCAAAGCUCAAAAUUGGUCAGUCAGAAACAAGGUUAUAACCACCUCAUCAGUGAGAUAAUAAGAAGUGAUAGGGGGAGGUUUAGUAAGCACAGUGAUGCAGCUUCGGUAAAAUCAGAAAGUGACAGUAGCUUUGCCUCAUGCAUAGAGACAGAUUUCACAAGCACAUAUCUGAAUAUUGAAAUGGAGGGGAAAUGUCAAGAAGUCCAUAAAGCGACAAAUGAUGAAGUGCAAUUGUGUGGAGAUUCAAUGAUGCCAGGAGCCACAAUCCCAGUUAAUGACCAGCCUAGUCCUGUCUCUGUGCUUGAUGCUACAUUCUUCGUAGAAGAUUCUCCGUCCCCUGUAAAGAAAAAGAAAUCAAUAGCUUUUGAAGAGCAUGGUGUAAUAAAUGUUGGGAA